AUGGCCGCCAAGAAAUAUUUAAGUGACAAGACAGAAUAUUGGCAAUCUCAGGCACGAAAGUAUUGUGAAUUUUGCAAAUGUUGGUUUGCUGAUAACAAAGUGUCCAUAUCGUUUCAUGAGAAUGGCAAGCGCCACAAGGAAAAUGUUCAGAAACACAUAUCGCAGCUUAGCAAAAAGAGUGCCAAAGAAUUCAAACAGAAAGAAAAAAUUGAUGAUGACAUGAAAAAAAUGGAAGCCGCUGCUAUGGCAGCUUACUUAAAUGAUAUUAAGAACAAUGCAGAUCUUACAUCACAGAGUAUUAAUGAUUUAAUAAAACAGAGUGGUAGCAGUGAAGCUACUAUUGUGGUUAGUAAUUCACCCACUUCCAAGGCACCACCGGCCUGGGAAGAAGUCAAGAGUGAUGAUGGAAGCUCAUAUUACUGGAAUACUAUAACAAAUGAAACCACCUGGGAUGCUCCGGACGAAUUUAUAUCAGUAGUAGAAAAAGAGAAGAACAAAUUAAAAGAAGAAGCUCAAGAGAAAAAGAUACAGAAAAUAAAAAAACAACAACAAAAACAAGCUCAGAAAGAUGUACAUAUGGAAGUAAAUGCUCACUUAGCAAGAGAGAAAAUGAAAGAAUUAGCCAUUAAAAGGAACCAGCGCCAGUCAAGAAAUUUGUGGAUUAUGGACCUGCUCCUCGAGCUAGUAAACCUUAUGGCUCAUGGACCCCAGUUGUCAACCAGUAAGGCUGUGGAACAAGUGGAUCUUCAGCUUCCGAAGAAUGAAAAAGUGCUGCCGCCGCCCCCAGUGGUGGUGCAACCUGAAAUCAUUCAGUUUAAAGAGAAACGCAUCGAGUCUCUUGGAGAUGAACCCGUAGAAUUCAAAAAGAGAAAGUUUAACAAUCCCAAAAGAAAUAUGCGUCAAAAACUAGAUGAUGACUGAUACCAUAAUAAAAUAAAAGUUGUAAAUAGGAAA